CGCAAUAACAACCAGCGGUUCCCAUGGAAACAUCCCCAAACAUUUGCAGAAACGUCGUCGAAACGCUUCAAACGAGUUGAAAGCUUUACUCCGACACGACUUCUCGAAGCAAAGGCGGCACGUGCCAAGUCCCUGGAACUGAACACUGCAUAAAGGACGUCAAAGAUGAGUCGUCACCUGUGCCGCAGUCAGCAGUAUCGGAUGGUGGCGCAACGGCGCGCCAUCGAAGAGCAGAAGCAUGUGGAGGCCCUGCGAAUAGACCGUGACCGGAAAAUAGUGGCAGCUAUACAGGAGGAGGACAAUGUGGACAAGAAAAGGUUCUUAAGGCAGGUGCAGGAGGAACAGAAAGAAAGAGAGAUGGAGAACAUCAUGUUGAAGGCCCACACCGAGAAAAUGUUGAGGGAGAAAAAAUAUCUCCAAGACGAGAAGCUGGCUAAAGAGCUGUCCCGCAUCAACAAGGAGAAGCUGAGAGAUGGCAAGAUCAGGCAGCAUAUUAGAGAGAACAGCCUUGAGCUCAGAGAAUUAGAGUCCAAGUUGAAGUUGGCCUACGUGAGCAAGGAGCAGGUGGCGCAGAUGGCAGAACAUGAAGCUAUGAAAUUAGAGACAAUGCGUGAAGAGGCGGCGAUAGACGACAAGAUCAAGAUCCUGUAUGACAAGGCGACCGUUCAAGAGGAGGAGCAGGAGCAGAAGAAACAAGAGGAACAGGUCCGCUACCAGCACGAGCUCAACCUGCAGCUUGUCGAGCAAGAGCAAAAGAGACAAGCGGCCUACGACGACUUCCUCAAGGAGAAGUUCAUGGUGGAUGAGAUUGUGCGCAAGAUUUAUGAAGAGGAUCAGAUGGAGCUCCAGAAGAAGCUGGAGAGGGUGCACGCCACCCAGAAGCACAUCAAGGACUUCCAGAUACAGCGGAUCGAGUGGCAGCGUUUGGAGAAAGAAAGGAUGGAGGAAGAGAACAGACGCAUCAGGGAGUUUGCAAAAAGGCAGCAGAAGUCGCAGCAGGCCUGGAUGGACAAGAUCAAAGCACGAGAAGAUGCAAUACAGGCCCUCAGAGACACGCUCGCAGAGAAGAUGGCCAAUGAGAAUGCACAGCGUGACGAGAUGGAGAGAAUUCGCCAGGAGCUUUGUCUUGAGGAACAAGAAGAAACCUACAGGAAGAAAGAGAUUGAAGACAUGGAGAAGAACAUCCGGCUGAGGCUGACGUUGCAGAGGACCUGCCAGGAGCAGUUGGCCAUGAAGGAGAUGCGUCGGCAGGCGGAGAAAGAAGAAGAGGACAUUUUCCGGAAAACCAUCAUGGACAAGUUUGCGGAAGACGACCGCAUCGAGCAAAUGAACGCCCAAAAGCGGCGCAUGAAGAUGAUGGAGCACAAACGCGAAGCGGAGAAGCUGCUGGAAGACAGACGACGGCAGCAGGAGAUCGACAAGGAUAUGCAAGCUCGAGAGGAGGCAAUUGAGCAAGAGAGAGCGGCCAUCUGCAGGCAGAUUAUCGAAGAGGAGAGGGUCAAGCUUCUCCAACGACACGCAUCAAAACUUCUCGGACACCUACCUAAGGGUUUACUUCGUGAGGAUGACCUGAAGCACUUUGAUGAAGAAUUUAAGAAAAAAUUGCAGACACGUCAAGCAGAGGACUCUGAAGACCAUGGUGGAGAUGAUUGAGUCGUUUUCAAGUUUUAUUUUUUAUUUUUUUUAUUUUUUUUUAACUUUAACCGCAAACAAUCCUAUGGACUGAAUGUGAUCCCACUUUCACGGCGCAUCACAUGCAUGAUAUCUAACAUGAGAAGUGCUAAUGACAAGUUCAACAACGUAUUUACAAACAGUUAUACUGUGCACACUGAUUAGCACAUUGUUGAAUGAAUAGUAUUGAGUGUCAAAAACAAGUGAAAUUGUUUAAUGGCAGUUUUUUUAUAUCCAACUCUUACACUGGAUCUCAGUAGAUGGUAUACGUGUAUAUUUCAAAGAUGAAUAUUUUUCUUGCUGCAAAGUAACAGUAAAACCCAAACAAAAUCGGUCUCCUAUCUCAACUGAUGCCAAUGGCCAAUUUUGAUCUUAGGCCUUAUCCACAAAGCUGAUGACCCCAGUGACCCCAUUUGCUUGUUUAACCACCCACCUUGAAAUGUCAUCAUCCAUCUGACGCAGUGUUCUGACUCUGAUGUAUAUGCAAGACUUGUCACAGCCGGUCUUGAAGGCUUGUGUGUGGUCAGGGAUAUCCACCUCUUGUCUCCUCUCACGGUCAAUCACAAAUCAAGUCUGAGCCUCGAAAUUAUUUAAACCUUUUGCACCCAUAAUUUCAUUUUACUUUCCAAUUCUUGACACUCCUGUUCAAAAUAUACACAUCCGAUUCAGUUCUGUGAGAUAUGGAAAAACACACAAGACCCGAGUGAAGGGGUUGACAUCAGUGGUUUUAAUGUUAAGUCGUAUUUUUUAUUCUAUCAUUCAAUAUGUCCCAAAAUGACUGUGUUGAGAAAGGCUGUUAAAAAUACAUUUGCAAAAUCCAACCAGACUUUUUGCUAAUCAUAUUUAUGUUUUGCCCCAGUCGAGGGCCUUCAUGAACUCGUCCUCAGUGAAAGAAAGCAACUUGGCGGCUUCAAGAUGCAUCUGCACAGAAAGACAUGAACGUUAGCACACAAGUGGAUUGUUUUCAAGUUAGAGAGUUGAGGAGGGCGGGCACCUUUUGUCUUUUAAGAACGUCGAUUAGCUUGAGCUGCUUCUUUACCCCGACAAUAAGCUCCCCUUUCUGCUUUUUUAGCAGUUUGUUUUCUGUCAGUAGAUUUUCUCGAGUCUGCUGUUCCUCACUGAUCUUGUCCUGGAUUGAUGCAAAAGGUGACAACGACGAACCUUGCUCCCAAAGUAUUUUCAUUCAUCCAAACGCACACUGAAGAGUUUCCCCUUAAGAUUCAGUCUUUGACUAAUUAUCCCUCUUGCCUUGUUCAUCUGUUUGGUUUUGUUGAGUUCUGACUUUAGGCGCUCCACCUCAUCUAGAGCUCUGGUCAGACGAAUCUCAACAGUGUUCUGGGCGGCCGUUCCUUGCUUGCUGGAUUUGUUCAGCUUCUCCAUUUCCUGUCGGUAAAAACGCAUGUCUGAGGUGGUCGAAACAAUUGUUACAGUAAAUGAGUUGUACUAGCCUCUUCUUCCAUUUUCCUGUUUGCGCCCAUCAGUGGGAAAAUGGUCUCAAGACCUUCUCUUACCUUGUGCAAAGCGGACACUUGCAGCUGCAGGCUAUCACAUUUGACGGCGGCCUCGCUCUCCGACGCUUUGAGCUUGUCCAUCUUUGUCUGUUGGAUGUUGACGGUCCUCUGGAGCUUGAUCCGUUCCUCCUCUAGCUGCUUAACUUUGGCGUUCAGCUUGACGUUUUCAUCAUCCUGACCAGGCCACAGUGACAAUGUCGCCCCCUACUGGUGAGAGGUGGCCCAAACAUUUUGUUGAACUGCUCUGUACCUUCUUUUUUCUGUCACUCAGAAGAUGAUCAAUUUCUUCUUGCAUCAUCGCAAUGUUGGCCAUCAGGGCGUGGACUUGUGCACAUGAAACGCCUGAAAAGAAAUAAAAGAGUCAAACAGAUCCUAGCCACUUAAAAUAUAUUUGACAUGGGGGAAAAAUGAUGAAAACCAAAAUAUAAUGGGAUCGCCUCACUUUUGGUGAGAUUCCAUGUUGUGUAUUAGUUAUUGUAAGGAUGGAGAAAGGAAGACACGUACCCGUCCCUUCAUUGUCUCCGUCAGCGAAGACGUUGUCAUGAGGAACCAAGCGGUUCAUCCUGUCCUCCACAUUUUGUAUCGUCAUUGCCACAAAAGACUCGGCCGAAUCUCCCGCCGCUCCCAAAGCGUUCCCGCAAACUCUAAAAGUCGAUAUAAAACCAUUUUAACCAUUAUUGCUUUUGUUGCCAUUCCAUCCAUUUUGUAACUCACGCAGAGUUCGAAUGAUGCUCUUGUGCUUCUGACUUUUGUGACUUUUUGGGCUCCACCUAGGAACAGGUCGUAAAAUGAAUUGUUAUACCUUCACUUUGGAGGAAGUGAUAACUGCCAUUUGGAGUUGCUAUGAUGGUCGAUGGACUGCUGUUUGAGCAUUUAUUACCUAAUUGUGAGAUCCAGUUAAAGGUCCAUGUUUCUACGACUAGUGUGUUGGAUUAUUACUUGGACUUUAAGAGGCUUUAUUAAAACUUCUUUUGGUACCUUA